AUGCAGCCCCAGCCCGGUCUUGCAAAAGACAAGAAAAGGGUCAAGGUCUACGAACUGCGCGACAAUGACUGGUACGACCGCGGCACCGGUUUCUGUACCGGUCAGAUUCUCAAUGAUGAGCCACGAAUAUUCGUCGAGUCCGAGGACCAGCCCGAUCGGAUGCUGCUCGAGACCAAGAUUCAGAAGGAUGACGGCUAUCAGAAGCAGCAGGAUACCCUGAUAGUAUGGACCGAGUCCAAUGGCACCGAUAUGGCACUGUCUUUUCAGGAAGCGGAUGGAUGCGCUGUGAUAUGGGACUUUGUCCACCAGGUACAGCAACAGCUGCAACAACUACCAGAUGACGGUCUCUCGGACGAUGCGCUCGACGCGAUCACGACCUCAUUCACACUCAGCGCGCCUGCACUCAGCAACCUCGACGAGAUCGAACAGAGUAUACGACACGCCAGCAUAUCCCAGGCCGGCCGGGAAGCGCUCGCUAAGUUCGUCCUUAGAGAGGAGUACUUCGCGAAACUCAUUCCUCUCCUGUCCACGGCCGAAGACCUGGAAUCCCUACCAGAUCUGCACCGUCUAUGUAACAUUAUGAAGGCUUUUAUUCUCAUGAACGACAGCGGCAUCAUUGAGCAUAUGGUUGGCGACGACACUAUACUGGGCGUGGUCGGCGCGCUCGAGUAUGACCCAGACUUUCCCACGCACAAAGCAAAUCAUCGGCAGUAUUUGGGAGAUCAGUCGCGGUAUAAAGAGGUGGUAGAGAUCAAAGAUCAGCAUAUCAAGAAGAAGAUACGGCAGACCUGGCGAUUACAAUAUCUAAAAGACGUCGUGCUGGCACGGAUACUGGAUGACCCGACAUUCGGUGUGCUCAACUCGCUGAUCUACUUCAACCAGGUCGAGAUUGUGUCUCAUCUGCAGUCGAAUACCGCUUUUCUGAAAGACCUAUUCGCCAUAUUCACCUCCGACACUGAACCUCCGGCCCGAAAAGAUGAGGCAGUCCAGUUUCUGCAGCAGUGCGCCGCUGUUACCAAGACCUUGCAGAUCCAGAACCGAGAGAGUCUGCUCAACAACUUCGUGGCCCACGGGCUCUUCAAUGUCAUCACAUACGCCAUAAGACAUACGCAGCCGUCGAUGCGGACUACUGGUAUCGAUAUACUCGUCGCGCUGCUAGACCACAACCCAAACAUGAUGAAGAAUUACAUGUUGAAGGCUGUAUCGGAGAAGAAAACACCAAUGACAGACAUUCUCAUCGAUCUGCUUCACAACGAAGCCGAUCUAGGAGUAAAGAACCAGUCGGCCGACGCUCUCAAAAUCUUACUCGACCCGCAGCCUCCAUCAAACGAGCCGAUGGGCAACAGAAACAGCUCAGAGUUCAUGACCAAACUAUCGAGACCGCCUCAACUCACUCCCACACAAGCGGCAAAUGAACAGUUUGCGCAAGAUCAUUUCGACCGGUCGUGUAGGAAGCUGUUCCGUCCGCUGAAAGACCUAGAGAACAACCAGCCGACCAGUUUCGGAUAUCAGGAUGUCGCACUCUUCACCUAUUUGAUGGAGAUACUGACGUUCUUCCUGAGGCAGUAUCAGGUGCGCAGCCGGCAUUUUGUGUCCUCCGAAAACCUCACAGCACGAGUAGCUCAGCUACUGAAAGUAGCACAAAAAUCCGUCAAGCUCAGUGCGCUCAAGUUCUUCCGGACAGCGAUCUCACUGCAAGAUCAGUUCUACUCACAACAAAUACUCAAGUCUGGAUCUUUCGAGCCGAUCAUCGACAUUGUUCUCGAGAUGAUGCCACGAGACAAUUUGCUCAACUCGGCAUGUCUGGAAAUGUUCGAGUUCAUCAGGAAAGAAGCCAUCAAGCCUAUCAUCGUACAUCUUGGGGAGAAUUACCGGGAAAAGCUGCAGCAGAUCACGUUCGUCGACACCUUCGAGAACUUACUGAUCAGGUACGAUCAGCUUACAGCCGACCGACCAGAAUCAGAGCACACUCUGUACAGCCAAGAUGACGAUAGUCCCGGCAUGAACCGCCAGAACAUGAGUGGGCGUUGGCAGGGCAUUCCUGAAAUGGACACAUCAGAGGAAGACUACUUCGCAACCUCAGACGAUGACGAGGAUGAGCUACACCUUGACGAUAAUCGGGUUAACCGACCUCCUCUGGUCAGGAAUAGCGUUCUGACCGGAGAUUCAUCUGGCGCACGCUUAGUCGACUACCCAGACGACGAUGAUGAUGAAGACGAGCUUCUGAUGGACCACCCGUAUAACACGCUGCUGUCCCCUAUCGAGUAUCUUGUGGGUGGAAACAAAGCGGCCAGCGACGGUACCGAGGCGGAGACAGCGUCAAAGACACCGCAGACACCACUCACCCCUGAAAGCGAGCCGGAAGAUGGAACAGAGACAAAGACGCCCGUGAAAGGGAAAGGUAUGCGAAGUCUUCAGCCAUCACCAGACAUACGCUCCUCCUCAGAUCCAUUUUCAGAGCUUCAGCACCCGCCUGAGCGACUCGCUGAGAAGCGUCGGCGGCAAGAAGACGAAGAGGAUGAUGAGCUGGGUAAGCUGUCGACAGGCGUGAAGCGCCGCAACUCUUCUAGCGGCAACAGCGCCAGUAGCAGUCUUACAGGCAUCGGCGCUGGCGUCAACGGCCCGAGCAUAAGACGGAAGAAGAGCGGAUUCUUGCGGAGCAAGCAGAAUCGAAGUCCCGCGCCUACUGGCGAGGAGGAUGAUAGCUCGACCAUAGCCAGCCUGACGGGCGAAAAUGUCGACGCUGCCAGUAGAGGCAGCGGGGAAGCUGGAUAUGGGCCCAUCCGCAAGAAGAUGACCAAGACCAAGGUCAACCUCGGUCUUGGUGUUACUGCUGGGACGCCUACGCCGCCGUCUUCGGAUGAGUCCAAGGCAGAGCCGAGCGACCAACCGGACGGCAAAGAGAGCAGUGACGACAAUGCGAAGUAG